UAAGAAGCGCUGUCAUCAGUGACAACCUCAAAGCAUUCUGUAGCAGGGAACUUCUGGGAACAUACCAGUUUUUGUCCAUCUAAUAAUGGUUCGUACUAGUUUCAAUCUUGGAGGGUAAUAUUUUAGCCUGGUUCCCAGAUUCUCUGAGUCCUACUGCUGACUCUAUCCCCACCUCCACCUUCUUGCCUGCAGGCUGUUGAGAAUCCUGAGAUACAACGUUGGGCUGCUUAGGGACACUGGUCUCAAAGAGGUCCAGGCACUGGUAGAAGGUCACUGAGCUGUUUACAGAGGGGCCAGCCCCCAAUUCCAGGGCUAUGGGCUCCAAGCCCAGUCUUCUCUCCAACAAGGAGCAUGAAGACCCAGGGGACACAGGGCCCUGCGUUCGCAUCCUUAGCAGAGAGGUUGGUAUCAGUGGCUUACUGCAGCAACUUAAAACACUGAUUAGUUCUCAAGGAGAAAACCUGUUCAUCGUUAAUGAUCUUAAGUGGUCAACGGAUUCUCCUUCCGUGUUUCCUUCCAAAUCGCCCUUGGGGACUGGGCCCAAGCAAGGCUAUGAGAUGCCAGUAAAGUUGUCUUUCUGAGGCUUUGCAGGGGAAAGUAGUUUGGGAGACCCUCCGCAGGAACCCCCGGGUUGCCAGGGGCUCACAGUGCACCGCACCCCUUGGAGGAGAGAUCGAGGCGAUGUCCCCAGGCCUUGCGCAGCGCCACUCGCCCCCCAGCCUCGGCUCAUCACCCAGCGGACCGGUGGGCGGGGCCCAUUCCUUCCUAGCACCUGGGCCCCUGCUUCAGGCGGCUGCGGCUGCUCGAGCCCGGGGCAGGGCUUUUAUUGUGAAAGGAGCUCCCCCCUCCCGCGCUUUCGGGGAAGUGGGGAGGCUGGGCCGGGACUCGACGCCAGGACUUUGCAAACUCUGCAAACUUCCCUAGCUGACUGAGGAGGCUCGAGGCUGCGGGAAGGCUACCGCAGAACGACAGAUCCCGCGUGUGCAUUCUCCUAGACCUCCUCUAACGAAGCCUAACCUCAGAGCAUCCCGCCGCGCAUCGCCUGCCCCGGAGUUGGCCGCUAGAAAGCUGUGGCCCCUCGGUCCGGAUCCCGCGUCCCGGGAAGCCCGGAGAGCCACGGUGCCGGGGGCGGGCCGGGGCGGCGGGAUGAGCUGGCGAGCAGGCUGAGCGCGCCGAGGAGCCGGUCCAGCCACCGAGGGGGACAUGGCAUCUUGGCUCUGGAGAAAGCUGCGUGGCAAGAGGCGGUUGGUGACGGCAUUCUGCCUCUUAAUGGCUCUGUCUGUGGUGGCUGUCACCCGCUUCCCUCCACAGCACCCAGCUGCCAGCCCAGACCCUGGUCCCGUGGAGCCCCAGCAGGUAACUGGUGCCCCUGUCCCCCAGAGCAGGCAGGCUCUGAGCUCCGGCUGGAGGCAGCGGGCAAGAAACCUGAGGUUCCGGAGAGGCUGGGCCUUGCCUGGGAGCUCCGUCCUGGCGUGUGCUGAGGAGCAAGGCCACGGAGGGAGCGUGGACAGCAGCAGGCAGUCCCCAGACAUGGACAGCAGACGUCCAGGGAGGGUCAAGAGGGGCAUUACUUUGGCACCUCCAGGAGAUCUGAGACUCAGUACCCGGCAUCUGGUGCUCCUGAGGGCGGAUGAGGUCAGGGGUCCAGGAACCAAAGACCUGGACCUCCCCUGGCACAGUGGUCCCCUCUGGGAGGCACAGAGUGAGACGGGCACCCCAGAUGGCCCCCUCGCAGGGCACAACAUGGCAGCAUUACAGACUUGGAGAGCUACUGCUGGACCGACCCUCCGGCCUCAUCCAGCAGAAGGCGGGGAUCUGCCAGGACUGAGGAACAGAGCCUUGACUGGUGGACAACAAGCAGGGGGUCCCUCCCCGGCCACGGGGGCUCGUCAGUGGCCUGGCUCUGUUGGGGAGCUGCAAGGAUCUGUGUGGUGUGACGCUGAGACCCCCAGGCUGUCGAGUGGCUUGAGGACCAGCGAACAGGUGCCCCCGUGGCUCACAGAGCAGGAUGUGCAGACCCUCCAGCUGCUGGCGCAGGGGCAGGUGGUGGGCAAAGCCAGGGUCCCUGGCCACGGGCAGGUGCUGCAGGUUGGCUUCUCCGCCAAGGGUGCCCUUCAGGACCUGUCUCCGGGGCUCAGCCACCUCUGCUCCCAGGGGCUCUGUGGCCUGAUCAAGAGGCCUGGGGACCUGUCUGAGGUCCUGUCCUUCCAUGUGGACCGCGUGCUGGGGCUGCGCCGGAGCCUACCUGCCGUGGCCAGGCGCUUCCACAGCCCCCUGCUGCCCUACCGCUACACGGACGGUGGCGCAAGGCCCGUCAUCUGGUGGGCACCCGACGUGCAGCACCUGGGUGAUCCAGAUGACGACCAGAACUCGCUGGCCUUGGGCUGGCUGCAGUACCAGGCCCUGCUGGCACGUGACUGCAGCCAGCCGGGCCAGGCCGCAUGCCUGGGCAUCCACCGCACCGAGUGGGCACGCCUGGCACUCUUCGACUUCCUGCUGCAGGUCCAUGACCGCCUGGAUCGCUAUUGCUGCGGCUUCGAGCCCGAGCCCUCGGACCCCUGUGUGGAAGAGAGGCUCCGAGAGAAAUGCCGGAACCCGGGGGAGCUGCGGCUGGUCCACAUCUUGUACGCAGGCCUGUCACUGCUGUGGGCUCUCCCGUUGCGGAGCACAGGCUCCGGACGCACAGGCUCAGUGGCCAUGGCUCACGGGCCCAGCCGCUCCGCGGCAUGUGGGAUCUUCCCGGACCAGGACACGAACCCAUGUCCCCUGCAUCGGCAGGCGGACUCCCAACCACUGCGCCACUAGGGAAGCCCUGAUUUCAGUUUUGAAGAGUUUUCAGAGGCCCUAAAACUGUGGGGACAGAGGAUGGGCAGUGCUAUCUGAGGAUGGCGGGUGUCUUGUGUCCUCGGUGAUGCUCAGGGGAACGCCUGGGACAGGGGCACAGGGCUCACGUGGGCGGGCAUACGUGUGUGAGGGUGCACAUGUACGGUACAUCCCGCAGCCUCAGCCCCUGGGUGGACUACCUCUGCCCCUUCCCAUUUCCACCCGUGCUCCUCAGCCCUUCGGCCACCAGAACAGGAAUCAGUCCCUCUGCCUUGCAAUUUUGCAGAAGGUGCUGUGGCUUUUGGCUACGGGUCCAGGUUUGAACCAGCCAGCUACUGAUUAGCUGUGUGACCUUAUGCAAAUUACUUCUUUGUGCCUCUGUGUCUGUAAAAUGAGGCUAAUAUCAGUGGCCACCUCCCAAGGUUGCUGGGAGGGUUCACUGAGAGGGUGCCUGGAUGUCCUAAGCACGGCAGCGGCAUGGAGUGAGCUCACUGCACAGUGCGAGGGGAGCGUCUGGGCGAGUAGCGGGCUGGGUGGUGGGACUGACAGCUCAGGGCCCCCCAAGCUGCUGAGCCCCGACACAGUCCAGGGGCACUGGCUAGGCUGCUCCCUGACUCUCCUCUGUCUCUGUCCAUGUUCUUGCCUGAGGUCCGGAGCAGUGAUCUCUCUCAUCUGGUCUACAUCGAUAACGCCGGCAACCUUCAGCACCCGGAGCACAAGCUGAAUUUCCGGCUGCUGGAGGGCAUCGACGGGUGAGGGUCAGAGCGGUUGGGUGGAGGUUCAGGGGCUGAGGCUUGAUGGCCCUGCUGUAGACCUUGAACUGUGGCUCCAGAGAAGCCCACAUUCCCUCAGACAAAAGCUGCUGGAUGAGCCUCAGAAGGGGGUGAGGAGUCCUGGGAAAGCUGAGGGGAUACAGCCAGCAGGCCCUUCAAGUCCAUGAUGGGCUGCCCCCUCCCCAGUAUCCGGAGGGCCUCCUGGCCCUGCACAACAUGGGCUGCCCUGCUGGGGAGUGGGCAGGCUGGCCCUUCCCUGGCAGGGAGCUAGCCUGGGAGACACCUUCCCUGCUCACACCUGCAGCGGCUGGGCCUUCCUAGGGCUCCUCCUCACUUCACCCGGGCCAGCAGAGCGGAUUCACCCACUCAGGGAGGUGGGACCCAUCGAAAGCUCUAUCCCCUGCCUGCUGUCACAGCAGAGCGGGUGGAAGGGUUCCUGGAUAACUAGUCAGCAGGUGGCCCUGGAGACUUUUCGGGCUGGCUUUGCGGGCCCCCAGCUGUGCAAGUUCUGGCCGACUGGCCUGGCCUUUCACGGAAACUCUCUGAGAUGGCUUUUGCUCUUCCUUUCUGUUAUGGGACUGGGGGACCUUCCUCCAGGUUUCCUGAGUCUGUCGUGAAGGUUCUCGCAUCAGGGUGUCUACAGAAUAUGCUGCUCAAGUCACUGCAGACAGACCCGGUGUUCUGGGAAAGCCAAGGCGGGCAACAGGG